AUGUACCUUAUAAGCUUUCCGAAUGAAACUUCUGUAAAAAAACCUAGCUCUAGUAGAGGACACUCGGAUGCUAUCAUGCCAAAGCUAACUGUCCUACGCUCCUUCCAAGGCAACGGAAGCUUGAUUAUUGCGACGAAAAGUAUGCGAUCCUCUGGCCGGGCGAUGAUAUUCUACUCGGGGAUUGGAAUCUCUCUAUUGAUUUCUUCCUUAUCGGUGGGUGAAGCUUUUGUUCUUUCAAGAAAGCAGUCAAAGUCUGCUUGCAAUUGCUUUCAGUUGUACUCACUAAGUAGCGAAGAAGAGUCCCCAGAAAGACAACUGAAAAAAGCCGUUAAACCUGAUAUUUUGAAGCCAUUCCUACCAGCCGCAGACCCCAAUUACAUGAAUGAGGGUCCCGUUGGGGAGAAUGAUUUUAUAUUGAGUCGGGAUGGAGAGCCAAAGGAGCUUGAAUUGUCCAACGAGAAUUUGCUGCGAAUUCUACGUGUCGAAUGCUCGGACCUAGAAGUAAAUACGUUGGUAUGGAAAUGCCUGGGCUAUCGGUUUGACCCUCACGCUAACCUGUGGAACAACGACAAGUGUUUUCCGAAAUGGAAAGAAAAAUACCCAACCCCACCAGACCUUAUCGGUAUGCAGCGUAUCUAUUCUCCGGAGAUUGACAAGCCAAGUCUUCGCGCCAAUCAGGCUAUCGUGCGAUCGAUCCCCGUCGACAACAAACAGUCUCUCAAGACCCAUUUGAAACCCUACGGAUUCACGGGAUACCAGUUUGCAGAGCUGACUCCAAACAAAACACGUCGCGCCCAAUGUGCCAACUGGCUUUUGUACUUUCGAGAGGAGCUUUUCGGUUUCACAGUAGAAGAAUUAAGGAAGCGUCGACAAGCUAAGAAGGAAGCAGGAGAAGGACAAGGGGACGAAUGGAAACCACCAGUUAGAGAGGUCUUCUGAUGCUUGCAUGUACAAGGACGCAAGAGCCUUUUUUGAACUCACGAGAGCUAGCUUGCUUGUAGAAUGUCGUUCAAAAACAAUUAAAUCUCUUUGCAUUUGUUC